ACAGGCCGGGCAACGUGUCCAGUCGUCGGCAUCUCCAGCUAACUCAGCAGGAUGCCUUUCCCCUUUUGGAUUCGAAAGAGAUCACCAUCUGUUUGCAAAGCUGUGACUUUAUUGCAACUGAAGAGCUUGUAUCCAAACCCACCAGCCAAUUCAUAAGAUCGUUGUUUGAGCAGUUCUUGGAUACUUUCAUGGGAGUAUCAGCCGAGUCGAUCCAAAACAAGGCCAAAAACAACGAUGAUGCUCUGAAUGGUCACGAAAACGUCGUGAAUGGAGAAAAAGAUCAAGAUGAGGAAGACGAGGAAGAGGAUACCACGUCUGCGUUGUCGUUAAUCGGAUUGCAUCGUGCAGCAUACAAAUUCCUUCAAGGUUGCGGCAUAUACGACUUGACGUUGAUGGAUAUCAUGCGGCCAGACCCCUACAAAACCCGAAGAAUAUUAAGUGCCGUGGUCAACUUUGCCAGGUUCCGAGAAGAGCACUCAGCAGAAUGUGAAGCAUUGGUCUUGGAAAGCGAGUCCAGCUUGGAGAAUGUCCGCAAGGUACAAGCGGAUAACGCAAACAUAGCCAACCAAUUGAAUCAACUCAAAACUAAAAUCGAGUCAGAUGGAAAUCAAAAGAAAGCCACGUUGAAGCAAGUUACGUCGUACAACCUGAAGCUCGAGGCAGAAUUGAAAAAGCUCAAGAAAGCUCAAGAAAUAGUGACUUUGGAGCACACCCAAUACAAGGAGGAAAAGGCUAGGUUGAUAGAGAAACUAGAUGACAUUCAGUACUUGGUGUUUGAAUCUACCAAAGAGUUGGACAGAUUGAAACUGUACUCGCAAACGGAUGUUAUAGUGCUUCAAAAAAUCAUAAACGAUCUCAAAUCCCAAUCGAAUGACCUCCAGGCCACCUAUAACACCCUUACCUCCAGAGAUUCAAAUAUAUCGAUAACAAUCGACUCCAUUCAAUCGAUAGAAAACGAGUUGAAAAACUUAUUUCGGAUUUUGGAGGAAAUUUCGCAUGACAUCAGCAAGGAAAGGGAUGCAUUAUCUCGCUUGAACGAUAGCCAAGAGUACCUCGAACAAUUGAAGCUUCAAAGUAAUGAUCUAGCUCGGCAGAUACAGCAAAUUCAAAGGCAGCUUACCAACAUGCAAGAGAAGACCACUAAGUUGAAAGUCCAAGCAGAUGAAAGAAUAUCGAAAAGCCAGCAACAAUUGGCAAGCUACAGAAAUGACUAUACAAAGUUGGUCGAAGAAAGAAACCUCAAAGAAGAAGAGUACACCAAGAAGAAAGAGCUCAUUAGCGAAAUCGAAAGUAGCAUAAGCAAAAAGAAGUUGGAAUACCAGAUGGAAGUAAGAAAUACUGAGCUCAAGGUUACCAGAUUGAAUGCUCAAAUUAGAUUAUACUUGGAAGAAGUUGGUAAAAAAGUU